GUAGGAAGUGUCGUUAUCACAGUCGCUGUUCGGCGGUCGGGCGGCGCGCUUGUUUCAGGCCGGUUCGAGCUCUCAUCGCACAUUCCCUUCGACAUAAGUUUUGCGGAGAUCGCGGCUUCAUCGGCUCGGGCCUUAUCCCUCGUGAAUGAUCACGAACGCUUUAUAGAAAGUGAAACUGUAUCGUGAGACGUGAUAACAGAUUGUGCAUGGAUUUAAACUUUGUGCUCACUGUGCAGUGGGACAGCUUUUCGCGUGAAAAACGAAAACUUUGGACUUGUUUCGAUAUCAGCGCGGUUUUGUAUUUAUAAAACUGUGUCUUGAUUAUUGAUGUGUAGUUGGAAUCCCCUAAAACGGUAUUUCACAAUCUUGGUGGAGUUCAAGAAGUGAUUUGCUGUGGGAUAUUCUUACAUUGUAAUAUGUCUUCGAAAGUGAGUUCGUUUGCUUGAGUGAUUAGACAGUCGGACAGCACAGUGGACUAUGCAUUGAAAUGUGAAUUUUGUGUGUUCAGUGUUAAAAUCGAACUUUGUUCGUACGGUUAUUGUUUACGUCCAGAUGAAGUUUCAAGUGUAAUAUCAACGGAUCCCGAUAUUUGUUUACUGAAAUUCUUUCGCUAUGGAGACGGAGGAGCUUACGAAACUCGUAGAUGGAAUCUAUAAGAACAUCCUGGAUAAGUUUAAUCCAGGCGCCCGGCAGAUGAUUACGGCUGGCAAAGCGUAUUUGAAAGCAUUACACGGUGCGGCGGCGGCUUCCCGGCUUUACGUGGAUGCAGUGGGGAAGCUCGGCAGACAGGCGCAACAAGGAACAUGGGGAGGAUGCGCCGAUAUUGGUACAGCCCUUAUGAAGGUUGUAGAAGUAUACCGAGAGAUACAAGACCAACAAAUGAACAUACUGAAGGCAUUCUACGUGGAUUUGCUUGUACCCUUGGAAACCAAUCUAGAGAAGGACACGAAAGUGGUGCAGUCGGAACAAAAGAGAUUCCUUCAACAACACAAACUGCGCUCCGAAAGCUACAGUAAGGCGGCUGCUACUAUAAAGAAACAAAGGAAGAAGAAAACCAAUGUAGCCAAGGUCGGCUCUGCUAUGGAUAAAGAAAUGAAGAACAUGCAGAUUUUGGAAGAGGAGAAAACGAAACUUGAUGCAUUCUGCGAGCAAAGUCUGAAAAAUGCAAUGACUCAAGAGCGUCGCCGUUACGGAUUCGUGCUUGAGAGGCAGUGCUCCCUCGCGAAGCAUUGGCUGGCUUAUCACACUGCUGGCGCUUCCGCAUACAACGCCGGGCUGGACGAGUGGCUCGAGGUGUCCAGAACUAGGGAGUACCUGCCCCCCAAUGUUGAAGCUAUGUUCGUCAGCAGAAUGAGGCAAGUUUCCUUCUGGACGGACGAGGAUGUGUACGCCAGUCCCAGAGCUGGUGACGAUGAUGAUCGCGCGUCAGUUGGCUCGGCCCUGCGAAAAACCAGAUCAGUUGACGCCUCAUGCUUGGACGUCCGUUCUAUUGGAGAGCUGGGUUCACCGGCCCAGGGCUUGUCCCGCGCCAAAUCCGACUUUAACCUUCAAGCCAGCUCCCAUGAUGAUGAUCAUACUAUCGACACACGCACAACAACUCGUCCAUCGUCCCUCGCUCCGCCGACAUGCACUACUAGGGACCCACCACUGGCCCGCGCUCUAUACGCGUACGCAGCCGCUGGCGACAAUCAACUCAGCUUCCAACAAGGAGACGUACUCGCUUUGUUAGGCGAAAGGACAAAAGGAUGGCAGUAUGGAGAGAACCUGCGCACGCACCACGCCGGGUGGUUCCCUCUAGCAUACACCGAGCCUAUUGCUAAUGAUGAGGCUACUGGUAGUUCGCCAGCCCGAUGGAGUUGCGCUCAGACCCCGAACGAAGCGCCGCCGCCUGCGCCCGUCGCACACGCUCAAACCACGCCGAGCACUCCGCAAGUGCAUGCGCAUGCGCAUCCACCAGCACGCAUGUUUGGAGAUACAGUUACUGCGCAUCAUGUUACUAAGGGUCGCCUUGGAAAUGGAUCUCCGGGUCUCCCCCCGACUUUACCUGCGCCAUCGCCAAGCGCCCUCAGCUCUUCAGCGAGCGCCACAUUCCAUGCUUCCACUCCUGCAUCUGCUGGUAACAACGCUAUCAAGAAUUCCACAUCAGCCGCCAGUUUCACAACUCAUGCAGUUAUCGAGACCAGAAGCUUCGGUCCACAGACACUUCCAAUGCGCUCACAGAUGGCUCAAAACAAAGCCGGGCCAGCCAAGACACCAGUUAACGCAGUUGGGGCUGUAGGAAAUGUAUCGCUUCAUAGCUCAAAUGAUUCUGGAUUCUCUAAUGAGCCUCCACCACAGCCCGAUGUCGACUACAGCGAUGAAGAGGCACAACGACUGCGCGUACCAAUCAGUAAAACUACUCAUCAAAUCAACGAACAUAAGUCGUACUUGCUAAAGACUCAAAGCCUGAAACGUGGUCCCAAAGCGAAUAACACUGCAAAUGGCUAUUUAACUGAUGACCAACAAUUAAUGUUACGCAAUAUGUUGGACAUGGAUAAAGAUUCCCAAAAAGUUAAGAGAACAAAAUCAUUCUGGAAAUUCGGCCGUACUACCGCUGAAGAAAUAAUGGAAGGCAUGUCGCUUUGGCAACAUCGUGACAUUGUAGAUACUGUUCCAGAAUUCAAAAAGAAACUCUUUGUAAAGAUGAAGAAAGAGCUACGACCGGCACCAGAAAUACCUGAUUUACGAAAACAAACAAACCCUGAAAAAACACAACCAAAUGAAGCCAUACAAGCUCGGCCUAAAGAAACAAUUGACAGAAAAGAAAUGAAGGUUCCAAAUGGAAUACGCCAAGCUAGGAGUUUAAAUUCCAUUCAAACCGAAGAGCGUACUGAAAAAGGACGAAAGGGAAUUGAGGGGUAUCAACAAAAUCAAACAAUAAACAAAAAAAGUAUGUCCGAAAAAUCUAUUGUUGAGGAGAAGCACGAAGAAUUCGCACCUAGAAACGAGUCGCGACAUUCCGAUUUCACUAACACAAGCACAAUAAAAACUAAUUUUGAAAACAGCUUUUAUAAUGACGAAAAUGGUGAAGGUUUUGUUAUGAAAACAGUGAAGCGGAGGGAAAUACUACAACGAUAUGAUAACGAUAGCAGCUCUGAAGUUAAUUCUGUUGCUUCGAGUACUGACCCAUAUGAUUGUAUUAUAGUUGACGAUCACAUGACGUCUAGGAAGCAGCAAGAACUUGAAAGACGCCGACAAGCACAAACAGUCGAAGAAGAUGUUAAAAAACGUAAAGAAAAUGCUUACAUGCCGGAGUUCGAGGAAAUAGAAGUAAAUCCCAUUAAGCCACAUGUUCGAGCAACAAUAUCAACAGAAAAAGUUAAGAAUCCUUCUCACGAGAGAUCAUCACCUAAAGUUAUGGAAUUCAAAACAUUCAAAGACACAUCAAAGGAAAUCAAGACAUUCUCUGCGUCUUCUGAAACUUUGAAAUAUAAAGACAACGAACAACACACAGAUCGCUAUGGUAUCCCGAUGGAGCGCAAUAACAAUGACGUUCGCAACGAAGACGGAUAUAAUGGACACGACGAAGGAACUUUGAAAUAUAAAAAGAACUCGAACAAUGAAGAAAAGAAUCGCCAACAGAACAACUUUGACAACAAUAAAAAUCACAAGAAAGAAUACCCACAGCCCGAGUCAAGGAAUCAGAAAAAAGAAAUGCGAGCCUCGUAUGAAGCACGCGAAAGAGAGCCGAGGAUCGAUUAUUCGUUAGACAGACGUCAAGUCAGGAAAGAUUUCACUGAACCGAAAACGCGUGAAACUAGAACUAAGAAUAGAACUAACAGGAGCUACGACGACAGCACUUUGCAGUACAAUGGACGCAGAGAGGAGAGAUAUUAUGAAUCGAACAUAUCAUACUUCAGUGACCAAGAAAGACGUGCCUCACGAUAUGAUUAUGAGACUGAUUCCAAAAAAGCCGAAAAGUCCAAAAUACGUCAGGAGGAAGCGAGGUUAGAGGCCAGAAGAUUUGUCGAUAGACGUAGUGAGGGACCAUAUAGCGAGUCAGACGAUCAAAAAUUCAACGAAGCUUUAAAACAACAAAGGCCGCAGCUCCUUCCUCGUACAAAAUUAUUGAAGAGAACCGUCGAUGAGAAUGAUCUACCAGAGGAGGGACACACUUUUGGGCCAUGGUAUGAUUUGUGGGGUCGGGAAACUGCAGUCUACAAGUAAAUGAUUAGAGGCCGCAACAAUUUGCCACGGUGAAGCUGAGGAAAGCGUUAACAAACGACCGUUCAUCGCCAGCUAUCGAGUAAUGUUUUAUAUACGUAUAUUGAUUAUAAUUAUUUUGUUAAUUAAUAUUAAAUGUAAAUUAGAAAUACCAUGUAUUUUGUACAGUUAAAUAUUCAUAGUUUAACAAAAAAUAUAUCACAAUUUUUACAAUAAUCCAAAA